UUCAGAACUUUUUUUCCUUAGUAAGUUAAAGGUUCCUAAUAUUUUUCGCCAUGAAGCUGCUGAUUUUUCUUUUUGUGUUCAUCGCUCUGGCAUCCAGUUCUUUGGCUCUGAAAAAUGAAAUCUGUGGUCUUUCCGAGACUCGUGAUCCUAAUCGUACAGUCAUCUGCUUUAUAAAAUUUACAAGUUGGUCCUACGAUUCUAACCACAAAGAGUGCGUAAAAUACAACUUUGGAGGAUGUGGUAACUCUGCAAAUAUAUUUAAUUCGAAGGAAAACUGUGAAAAAAUGUGCUUGGAAUAAAACGUGUAUAAUUAAAGGCCAAUAUAAUAUGUCGAACACAGAAA